AUAUUGUCUUCCGUUUGCUCCUACUAGAAAGCUCGCCUGUAUGAUUUAAACAGUUCAAUUGCCUACCAACAAAUCCUCCGGAAAUAUACCUGUGAAUUAGCGUUUGUAUUGUUGGAGCACCCUGUCUUCCUACAUCCUGUCUUCUGAGUCCUAAGGUGCCUGUUCCUCCACCUCUGCUACAGCUCACAGCUUUCUGCCUGCUGGUGUGGCAUGAACUGGGAGGAUUUCAGCAUUCUUGCCUUGUUAAACAGAAUAGCUAGCAGAUUUUGAAUAUUUUUCUGACGAAGUCAUCCGGAAGCGUCUUCUAAUAGAUGGCGAUGGUGCUGGUGAUGACCGUAGGAUUAACCUCCUCGUGAAGAGCUUCAUUAAGUGGUGCAACUCCGGAUCCCAAGAGGAGGGAUAUAGCCAGUACCAACGUAUGCUGAGCACUCUGUCUCAGUGUGAAUUUUCAAUGGGCAAAACUUUGCUGGUGUAUGAUAUGAAUCUCAGAGAAAUGGAAAAUUAUGAGAAAAUAUACAAAGAAAUAGAAUGUAGUAUUGCUGGAGCACACGAAAAAAUUGCAGAGUGUAAAAAGCAAAUUCUUCAAGCAAAACGAAUACGAAAAAAUCGACAAGAAUAUGAUGCUUUGGCAAAAGUGAUCCAGCAUCACCCAGACAGGCAUGAGACACUGAGGGAGCUAGAGGCUCUGGGCAAAGAAUUAGAGCAUCUCUCACAUAUUAAAGAAAGCGUUGAAGAUAAGCUGGAAUUGAGACGGAAACAAUUUCACGUUCUUCUUAGUACCAUCCACGAACUUCAGCAGACAUUGGAGAAUGAUGACAAGCUGUCAGAGGUGGACGAAGCUCAGGAAAGCGCCAUGGAAGCAGAUCCUAAGCCAUAGACAACUGCCUGUCGCCAUCCCUAGGGAUGGCAAAUGGCUGCACGGGCUUCCUGGGCUCAGUGUGCUGUGCUUAUGGGAUAUUUCAGCUUCAGCGGUGAAAUCCUUUGCUUUUAAAUAUUCUUGUCUUGUUUGUAUUUCUUCACACAAAGGAAGAGCGUUCCAUGUAUGCAUAUUUUUAAAUGCAUUUUUAGCCUUGAAUAUAGAAUUCAGCAUCUGAAAACAUUUAAUAAAAUGCCUCAAGUUUCAUCUUUGUGUUCUUUCAAAACUUUAG